AUGGCGCCCAAACGACUCUCUCCACAGAGCAUAUCCGGCUACUCAGUUCUACCCAUCGAGCUCCCACCAGUUCCUUCAUUCCCAACCUCCGCAACACACUACCUCUACCUCCGUCCCCAUGAACCGAGAGUUCCUGACCCAGACUCCGCCCGUUCCAUUUUCAUUGUAAAUGUUCCAGUAAGCACCACAGAAACACAUUUGCGACAUCUGUUUGGCGCCCAAUUAUCCUCUGGCCGAGUUGAACGUGUUGAAUUCCACGGCACCGCUUCCGAAAAACCCUCAACCACCAUCACAAUAACCUCCAAUCCCAAGAAACGAAAACGCGACACCACAGACGAGCUACAAGUAGAGUUAGACGCAACGGCGCUCCCGCGAACAUGGGAUCGCGAACUGCAUACUAGCGGCGCGCACGCGAUUGUCGUCUUCGUCGACCGCCCCAGUAUGGAAGCCAGCCUCAAGGCUGCGAAAAGGGCUGCAAAAACCCACGCCAAAAUCGUUUGGGGCCAGGGAAUAGACAACGAGAAGGACAACCGUUUUCCUGCCCUCGGAAUCCAACGCUACAAAUCACAUAACAGGCUACGAUAUCCCGCACGUGCGGAGCUACUUCGUAUCGUGAAUGAUUACAUGAGCAUCUUUGGCAGGUUUGAGGAAGCUCGUUCGCGCGAGGCGGCGAGGGGGGCUGAAGUGUUGGAUGAAGAUGGUUUUGUGAAGGUUACGCGGGGACCGAAGAUAAACGAUGUAGCGAGGGAGGAGGAGUUGAGAGCGUUGAUGGAGAAACAUAAGGAGAAGAGUAAGGGGCUUCAGGAUUUCUACCGGUUCCAGAUGCGGGAGAAGAGGAAGGAGAGGCAGACGGAGUUGUUGAAGAAGUUUGAGGAGGAUAAGAGGAAAGUGGAGGAAAUGAAGAGGAGGAGGGGAAAGGUCAAGCCGGAGUAA